AUGGAGUUGACCAAAGCUAUAAGAAUUGGACAUUUCACGGAGAACCUUGGGAAGCAGCUACUAAUGCUAGUAGAAAUGUUGAAGAAGAUGAUGACCAUAGUAGAAUUAUUGAUACUUCAAGGCGAUUUGCUUCCAGAAGGAAAUACAAUACCGGCCUCUAUGUAUGAGGCAAAAAGACUUUGUGUGCAUUGGGGCUGA